AUGGACUUCCUCAAGUUCAGCGUCAAGUCUAGCACGAGCUUCGGCGGCACGAUCCUCUUCAAGUUCAAGGACGCGGACGACGCCGAGCCCAAGACCACGUACGCCGUGGAGAUCAGCGACGAUCGUCACGUGGCCACGGUCAAGAACGCGAGCGCUGCCGACGUGCGCCCCACGUGCGAGGUGACCAUCUCGAUGGACGACUUCCUGUGGAUCUACUCGGGCAAGGCGUCCAGCUCCGACAUGGUCAAGCUCUUCUACGCCGGCCGGGUGGCCAUCAGCGGCUACGCGUUCCGCACGGUGUCAAAGUUCGCGCAGAGCUUCGACUUCUCGUCCGAGAAGUGGCGCAGCUUCUACGCCUGGCGCAAGGCGCAGGACGAGAAGAACGACAGCAGCCGAUCGCCGAGCGCGCGCGGGGAGGUCAGGAACGUUGGAUCUCCUUCAAGAGACUACUGGUUCUUCCAUGCGAGGAGUAUCCUGGACCGGUAUAACGUGACCAGGCUGCAGCGUUUGCUGUGGGAAACCUCUCUGGCCAGUUUGUUCGGAGGGCAGAUUGUCUUGGACAGCGUGCGUCGCACAUCGUUGCGCGACAGGAAAGUGGCGUCUGGCAGGUUCAGCGUGAUUGCGAGCGUGGUGGGUGACGCCGGCUCCGUAUCCGCGGCCUUGAAGCGCCGUGCGACGGGCGCCAUCACCCCAGGCCAGCUCAACUACGAGCGGGAGCUCCGCGCCGAGCUGGAGAGGUAUUUGCGCCCCUGCGCCAAGCAGUCCGCAGCAGUCGUCAACUCGCUUGCAGUAGGAAACCCCAAGCAGACGGCCAGCGUCCUGUUCGACUUUUUCGACGAGGACUACGUCGUGGCUGUGAAGCUCAGUGCCAAGGAGCGGCAGCAGCGUCGCCACCACCGCAACCGCGUGGACCUUGGCGACGCCGGCAUGGCGCAGCUGGACAAGCUCGUGAAGGUGAUCGGCAAGGGCGGCCACUCGAACCUGAAGCGCGACAACCGCUCCAAGUACGUGCCUGCGCCGGAACUGCUGCUGCGCGAGUUCCGCGUCAACGUGACUGUGCUCAUGGACACGCUCAAGGAGAAGGCCUCGGGCCGCAAGGCCCUGCACAAGAUCCCUGCCCCGGAGAUGGACUGGCUGGUACGCAACGGACGCGCCGGCAGCAUGAGUAUCAUCGUCGAAGUGAACCGCGCCAAGAUCGCUCGCAACCGCACGCGCUUCGACGUGCCCAAGCAGCGCAUCAAGGCCAAGUUCGCAUCCAUUUCGCGCGAGCUGGCGAUCCAGAGGAACCCAGUCGUGGCCCACGUCGACGAGCACCUGAUGUUCUCCGACUACCUAUAA